CUUCAGCGCAACUCAAGUCAAGUGAACCAGUCGCUUUGCUAGAAUAACUCAAGGAAGGGAAAAACGGAGUAUGUGAGUAUCUCUAGUCUUGUGCAUUAAAUGAGUUUCGCGGCUCUGACUCAGAGCGCGUGGACAAUGGACGCCCCACAGCUCUGGGUGCAGUUAGAGCUGAUAAAAACAGUCCGGACAACUUUUACCUUCCAACGGACGGAUUCCACGAUGGCACCUCAUGCAUCCUGCGCUGAAACAGCCUAACAGGUCUCUCACCCAGCCCUUCUCUCAUGUCACCGAGACGUCACCAUGGCGAUGUUUAGCGGCUCUGAACGCUUCUUCUGGAAUGACUCGGAACAGGUUCCGGAAGACCUCCGACUCCAUGGGAAUUCCUCUGGUGGUUGGGAGGAGGAUAUGGAGUGUAACUACUACGCCAUGCUGUACUCCCUGCUCAUCCUGGCCAUCGUGUUUGGCAACAUGCUGGUGUGUCUGGCUGUGGUGCGGGAGAGGUCCCUACAGACCACCACCAACUACCUAGUGGUGAGCCUGGCUGUAGCUGACCUGCUGGUGGCCUCGCUUGUCAUGCCCUGGGCCGUAUACCUGGAGGUGGUCGGAGGGGCGUGGCUCUUCAGCAGGAUGUACUGUAACAUCUUUGUCACCUUGGAUGUCAUGAUGUGUACCGCCAGCAUUCUCAACCUGUGUGCUAUCAGCAUUGACAGGUACACAGCGGUGGUGAUGCCUGUCCUCUACAACACCACACACAGCUCCAGGAAGCGGGUUUCAGUCAUGAUCGCGACAGUGUGGAUCCUGGCCUUUGCUGUAUCCUGCCCCCUGCUGUUCGGAUUUAACACAUCAGGCGACCCGACGGUGUGCUCCAUCUCCAACCCUGACUUUGUUAUCUACUCGUCGGUGGUGUCCUUCUACCUGCCCUUCACUGUCACCCUGCUGGUGUACGUCCGCAUCUAUGUCUUCCUACGGAAAAGGAGGAAGAGGAUCGCCUUCCGCCAGGCCAGAAGUGGAAAGGUCCAGCCAGGCUCGGCCCUGCCCUCAGUGGAGACGUGUCUGCAGGAGGAAACCCCCAAGGAGAAGAGAGACCUGUCUCCCAUCAGGAUCAAAGUGGAGAGUGUGGAGCCGGCAGUGCCCCCUAAAACUCACCUCCUGUCGGGGUGCCUGAGGCGUAAGCGUACCCGGACGGCCCCCGUGGAGAACACUCUGCUGCCCCCAGUGGACAUCCAGAACUACUGCAGCAUCAGCCACGCCUCCUGCGGCCGCACUGAGCACGAACAGGACCGUGCCGAAGAAGAGGAGGAGAUGGCCAAAGAGAGAGCGCGUAGACCCGUGAGAAGGAGCUGUGAGGUCAAGGAGAUGUCCAAUGGACGCAUUCACACGGCCCUCCGCCCCACCCCCUGCUCCCAGUCCCUGGCCGGCCAACAACAACAACAACAUGGAAUCCGGAGCAUGCAGAACAGGGAGAAGAAGGCUACGCAGAUGCUGGCCAUUGUUCUUGGAGUGUUCCUGAUCUGCUGGCUGCCGUUCUUCGUGACUCACAUCCUGAACACCCACUGCAGGACGUGUCGUAUUCCCCCGGAGCUCUACAGCGCCUUCACCUGGCUGGGCUACGUCAACAGCGCCCUCAACCCUGUCAUCUACACCACCUUCAACAUUGAGUUCAGACGCGCCUUCAUCAAGAUCCUCAGCUGCUGAGAACAGAGUUGGUCCAGCAUGACCAUGUCAGGCUAAUGGCCAGGCACCUAAACUGUACUGGACCUUGGGCCCGGCAUACCUGAGUAUGAAUAAGACGCAUGAGUCAUGGCCUGAGCCUGACUGCAUAUUAUCAGGGGCAAUGACUCUACUUCAAUAAGAUCAUCUGCUGCUGAGAGGCCAAUAGGUCCACCAUAACCAUGUCAGGCAAGGCUUAUGACCUGUACUGGACCUUAGGCCCGGCCCACCCGAUGUGCAAACCUGAGCAUGGAUAAUGGAUACAGUACCUGAGCCAUGGAUACAUGAGCCAUGACCCGUCCAUCUUUAGGGUCAAUGACUCGUCUUCAUUGAAAUCAUCUCCAGCUGAGAGGACAGAUCCAUAAAGACCAUGUAUGACCAUGCUCUUCCACUGAACCUCUCAGCACACUAUAGCACACCUGAGCAAGGACUCUCUGACGGUAACACAGGCCCUGCACACCUGAGCUGAACUACAGGUACCGUAUCAGACUUAGCUGCUAGUUAGCUGAGCAAGGACCUGCUCUACCUGUGUUAUACUGUACACAGCGGGCAGAGGACAUGAAGGGACAUAAAUUCAAACCAUACAAAUCACUGAUACAAUACUGGUGAUUCAGAGGUGGGGGAAAUACUUGUAUAGAGAAAAGAGGACAAAUGCAACAAAGGAAAUGAAGAGAAGUAGAGUUCCACACAUCCAUAUGACACAAUGUACAGCCAUCAAAAGACACUGAAUGCCCUUUCCCUGCUGCCUAUUGCAGGGGAAUUCAACCGGAGGUACUACAGGGGCUCCGUGACAAUAAAUACAAAAUAAAGUGGAAGAAAAAAUAAAGUGGAAGAAUACAAUUUUUAUUUAAAUCCCUAGCAACAACAGAUUAAACAAUUAUUUUAUGACAUACUUCUUCCACAUUUUGUUGUGUUACAGCUCGAAUUUAAAAUGGAUUCAAUUUAGAUUUUUUUUUGUCAAUGACGUACACACAAUACCCCAUAAUGGCAAAGUGGAAUUAUGUUUUUAGAAAUUUGUACACAUUAAUAAAAAAUGAAAAUCUGAAAUGUCUUGUGGUAGAUAGGUUAAAAUAACAUACAUUAAAAUAACAUCAAAUUGAUCAGAAAUACAGUGUAGACAUUUUAAUGUUGUAAAUGACUAUUGUAGAUGGAAACUGCUGAUUUUUUAUGGAAUAUCUACAGUCAUGGCCAAACGUUUUGAGAAUGACAUAAAUAUACAUUUUUACAAAGUCUGCUGCCUCAGUGUCUUUAGAUAUUUUUGUCACAUGUUACUAUGGAAUACUGAAGUAUAAUUACAAGCAUUUCAUAAGUGUCAAAGGCUUUUAUUGACAAUUACAUGAAGUUGAUGCAAUGAGUCAAUAUUUGCAGUGUUGACCCUUCUUUUUCAAGACCUCUGCAAUCCGCCCUGGCGUGCUGUUAAUUCACUUCUGGGCCACAUCCUGACUGAUGGCAGCCCAUUCAAUCCACCCUGGCAUGCUGUUAAUUCACUUCUGGGCCACAUCCUGACUGAUGGCAGCCCAUUCAAUCCACCCUGGCAUGCUGUUAAUUAACUUCUGGGCCACAUCCUGACUGAUGGCAGCCCAUUCAAUCCACCCUGGCAUGCUGUUAAUUAACUUCUGGGCCACAUCCUGACUGAUGGCAGCCCAUUCAAUCCACCCUGGCAUGCUGUUAAUUAACUUCUGGGCCACAUCCUGACUGAUGGCAGCCCAUUCAAUCCACCCUGGCAUGCUGUCAAUUAACUUCUGGGCCACAUCCUGACUGAUGGCAGCCCAUUCAAUCCGCCCUGGCAUGCUGUCAAUUCACUUCUGGGCCACAUCCUGACUGAUGGCAGCCCAUUCUUGCAUAAUCAAUGCUUGGAGUUUGUCAGAAUUUGUUGGGUUUUGUUUGUCCACCCGCCUAUUGGAGGAUUGACCACAAGUUCUCAAUGGGAUUAAGGUCUGGGGAGUUUCCUGGCCAUGGACCCAAAAUAUCGAUGUUUUUUUCCCCGAGCCACUUAGUUAUCACUUUUGCCUUAUGGCAAGGUGCUCCAUCAUGCUGGAAAAGGCAUUGUUCUUCACCAAACUGUUCCUGGAUGGUUGGGAGAAGUUGCUUUCGGAGAAUGUGUUGGUACCAUUCUUUAUUCAUGGCUGUGUUCUUAGGCAAAAUUGUGAGUGAUCCCACUCCCUUGGCUGAGAAGCAACCCCACACAUGAAUGGUCUCAGGAUGCUUUACUGUUGGCAUGACACAGGACUGAUGGUAGCGCUCACCUUGUCUUCUCCGGACAAGCUUUAUUCCGGAUGCCUCAAACAAUCAGAAAGGGGAUUCAUCAGAGAAAAUGACUUUACCCCCGUCCUCAGCAGUCCAAUCCCUGUACCUUUUGAAGAAGGUCAGUCUGUCUCUGAUGUUUUUCCUGGAGAGAAGUGGCUUCUUUGCUGCCCUUCUUGACACCAGGCUAUACUCCAAAAGUCUUCACAAUGCACUCACACCUGCCUGCUGCCAUUCCUGAGCAAGCUCUGUACUGGUGGUGACCCGAUCCCACAGCGGUCCUGGCGCUUGCUGGACUUUCUUGGGCGCCCUGAAGCCUUCUUCACAACAAUUGAACCGCUCUCCUUGAAGUUCUUGAUGAUCCGAUAAAUGAUUGAUUUAGGUGCAAUCUUACUGGCAUCAAUAUCCUUGCCUGUGAAGCCCUUUUUGUGCAAAGCAAUGAUGACAGCACGUGUUUCCUUGCAGGUAACCAUGUUUGACAGAGGAAGAACAAUGAUUACAAGCACCACCCUCCUUUUGAAGCGUCCAGUCUGUUAUUCGAACUCAAUCAGCAUGACAGAGUGAUCUCCAGCCUUGUCCUCGUCAACACUCACACCUGUGUUAACAAGAGAAUCACUGACAUGAUGUCAGCUGGUCCUUUUGUGGCAGGGCUGAAAUGCAGGGGAAAUGUUCUUUUGGGGUUCAGUUCAUUUGCAUGGCAAAGAGGGACUUUGUAAUGAAUUGCAAUUCAUCUGAUCACUCUUCAUAACAUUCUGGAGUAUAUGCAAAUUGCCAUCAAACAAACUGAGGGAGCAGACUUUGUGAAAAUGAAUAUUUGUGUCAUUCUCAAACAUUUGGCCACUACUGUACAUAGGUCUGCAGAGGCCCAUUAUCAGAAACCAUCACUCCUGUGUUCCAAUGGUACGUUGUGUUAGCUAAUCCAUGUUUAUAAUUUUAAAAAGCUAAUUGAUCAUUAGAAAACCCUUUUGCGAUUAUGUUUGCACAGCUGAAAACUGUUGUCCUGAUUUAAGAAGAAAUAAAACUGCCCUUCUUAAACAAGUUGAGUAUCGGGAGUGUCAGCAUUCGUGGGUUCGAUUACAGGCUCAAAAUGGCCAGAAACAAAGAACUUUCUUCUGAAACUUUCUUGUUCUGAGAAAUGAAGGCUAUUCCAUACAGAAAAGUGCCAAGAAACUGAAGAUCUCUUCCAACGCUGUGUAAUACUCCCUUCACAGAACAGCGCAAACUGGCUCUAACCAGAAUAGAAAGAGGAGUGGGAGGCCCCGGUGCACAACUGAGUAAGAGGAAAGGUACAUUAGAGUCUCUAGUUUGAGAAACAGACGCCUCACAAGUCCUCAACUGGCAGCUUCAUUAAACAGUACCCGCAAAACACCAAUUUCAACUCAAUGAAGAGGUGACUCCGGGAUACUGGCCUUCUAGGCAGAUUUGCAAAGAAAAAGCCAUAUCUCAGACUGGCCAAUAAAAGUAAAAGAUUAAGAUGGGCAAAAGAACACAGAAACUGAACAGAGGAACUCUGCCUAGAAGGCCAGCAUCCCGGAGUUGCCUCAUCACUGUUGCCGUUGAGACGGGUACUGUUUUGCGGGUACUAAACUUGGAUUAGCUAACACAGGAGUGAUGGUUGCUGAUAAUGGGCCUCUGUAUGCCCACGUAAAUAUUCCAUUAAAAAUAAGCCGUUUCCAGCUGCAAUAGUCAUUUACAACAUUAACAAUGUCUACACUCUAUUUCUGAUAAAUUUGAUGUUAUUUUAAUGGACAAAAAAAUGUGCUUUUCUUUCAAAAACAAUGACAUUUCUAAGUGACCCCAAACUUUUGAAGGUUAGUGUAUAUAAAUUAGAUAUUUCUACAUAUAAUUUUCAAUAAAUUAGCAACAUUAUCUAAAAACAUGUUUUCACUUUGUCAUUAUCGGGUAUUAUAUGUAGAUUGGUAAGGAAAACAAUCUAUUUAAUACAUUUUGAAUUCAGGCUGUAACACAAAACAAUGUGGAAUAUGUAAAUAGGUAUGAAUACUUUUUGAAAGCACUGUACCUACAGUAGAAAGAAGAGAAUAUCUUAUUUCUAAUGAUGUUAACUUUAUUUCUCAACUCCUAAUAUUGAGAAAAUUACACUCACUGGAGGCAAUUACACUCACUGGAUAUCUGACAGGCUUUAAAAAAGCAGCCGUGAAUAGGCUACCAGUGAGUGCCGAUGGCUGCUUUGACAUUCAUUUCACUUUGAUAUUAAUUUUUGCCAACUGCUCUUAGUGAAAAUGUGUUUGGAGUUACCGUUCAAGCUAAUAGGCUGUUAGAGUUGACACACCCUCUUCCAAUUAGAAUGUGGGGAAUACAAAAUAAUGAAAAUUAUCUACCAAGUCAGUUAAUUUUAAAAUGUUGGUUACUUCUCCUUGCCAUUAUCAUUCACCUGAUGAUAAGAAAAGUUGUUUUGUUAACGUAUGAUGGGGAUCCCUGGGUCUCCGGUUUGCCUGGGAAAGGGUCUCUGGGCAGGAAAAGGUUGAAGACCCCUGGUCUAAUGUGAUCUUUGAAUGAGGUACAAGGAAUGAUCCUGGUGUUGGCGUUUUAAGGCAUUUGUUGGUCCAAAUAUAAAUGGAAGAACUUUUAAAUCACUGAUGAAUGAUCCCGAGACUGAUUCCCUGACCUGUCAAUGUUUUUAAUUAGCUGUUUUUGAUUUUGUUAUACUUUUGUGAAUUCUUUGGUUUUUACUAGAUUACUUGUAGUUUUUCAUGUUGUUUGUCUGUAAUUUUUGUAAUGACUUGGUGCUGCCUAUCUUGACCAGGACGCUCUUGAAAAAUAUAUUUUAAAUCUCAAUGAGCCCUUCCUGGUUAAAUAAAGGUUAAAUUAUUAUUUUAAAUGUAAUCUGGUUGAAAAGGUGACAUGAAGAAAGACCCUCAGUCAGUAAUACUCAUACAGAUCAGUCCUACUCACAAUGCUCUGUUAGAUGCCUGGAACAGUGUUAUGACCAGGCCACAAAUGCUGACGUCCUGUGUCAAUCAAAGCACAGUCUUCCUUGCGUCAGUGUAUUACUAUUUGAGUCUACAACUCACAGCUCAAGCACAGUUCUAGGAUGCAUCCCAAAUCACAUCCUAUUUCCUACAUAGUGCACUACUCCUGACCAGACGUAGUUUGAAUAAGGUGCCAUUUAUGACACAACCCUAGAGUUCACAGCUCUGUCUGCUACACUACUCCAACUGAUGACUCAAAGCUACUGUAUACAUGUACUGUAGCAAGGGCUGCACAGUCCAAUUCAUUUCUAAGGUUCACUGAGGUGAUUGGGCCUAUUAUAUUCAGAACAGCAGUACUUAUGAUUACUACUGACAUCAUCCAGGGCUCCUGCUAGAGGUGUCACUGCAGACCCUGGUUUGAUUCCAGGCUGGAUCACAACCGGACGUGAUUGGGAGUCUCAUAAGGCGGCCCAGCGUCGUCCGGGUUAGGGUUUGGCCGGGGUAGGCCGUCAUUGUAAAUAAUAAUUUGUCCUUAACUGACUUGCCUAGUUAAAUAAAGGUGAAAUCAAACAUGUUAAAAUCCACCCACCACCAUGUAUUUAGAGAACUAUAUGGCUCUGUCCGCCUCUGCAUGCGUGUCACAGUCAACAAGCUGUUUAUAUUUGAAUCACUGUGAAUUCCUUCAAGAGUCGCUUAAAGGCUCCGUCCAUCUGAAUCACAAUGAGUCAUUUUAUAUCUGGAUGUGAGAGAUGUUUGGAUUGCUGUUGGAGUCAUUUAAAUUGAUGUCAACACUUAUGGAUCACAGAAGAGGUGUUUUGAAAAUGGUUCUUUGUGCCACUGUGAGAUUUUUUGAUACGCCUCUGGUGUAGCCAUGCCUGCUGGGUUGAAAAUGUUCUGAAGCUCUCUGUUCCUUGAUAGUGGCGUCCUCAGGGGGCGGGGCUUUGUAGUGCCAGUGA